ACUGGAGGAAAACAAACAGCAGGACCGUAGCCUCUUUCUCGACAUCUAAUUCAGAAAUACAUCAGCAUCCAAAGGAGCACUGAGUGGAUUGACACCUCUUAUCAUGUCUUUCAAAAAGACUUGCUUUAGCACACACUGGAUCAUUCACUGGAGCUCUUCUCCCCCUUCUUCAUAUGCAACAUUUAAAUCUGAAAUAUAUACACUUGCCUGAGAACCCGCUGGAUUGUUCGCAGGCUCGACCACCGGGUCCGUCACUGGAUUGUCACCCCUGACGUCUUCAUACUCGACAUCGAAUUCAGACAGACUUGACUAUUGCCUCGGCACUCACUGGAUCAUUCGCUGGAUCCUUGACCAGAUCUUCACAAACAACCAUCCCGUUCAGAAGUACAGAUUGACUUGACUCCCACUUCAUGCUGCUGGAUCAUCGCCGUCUCUCGUACACGCUCAAGAUCCAAGGCGAAAUCCGGAUUCCUGCUUCCACAUGCACUUGAUCUUCCACUAAAUCACCACCUUCUGUGUACAUACUUGACAUCUGAUUGAAAAGCCCAAACCAGAGCCUCGUUAUCCAUUGCACCAUCCAAUGGAUCCUUAACUGGAUCAGCCCCAGACCAUCCACCAGAUCAACCACUGGAAUCAAGCACGAAACCUCACUGGAUCAUUAAUUGGGCCAACACUGUGUGUUUGCCAUACUGAACAUCUCAUGACAAUGGACACACUACUCAGCCUCAACAGGAACUGGAAAAUCUGCUGGAAUCUUCCACGAGAUCACCCAUGUGGAUGCUCCAACUCUUCACACUUGACUUCUAAUUAAAAAAAAACAAAUAGACACUCGGCAUCCGCUUGAUCCCCUACUAAAUCAAAGCCACCUCUUCUCCACACUUGACAUCGAUUUGUAGCAUAAAUUAACACUCGUGCCUCAACAUUCACUGGAUCCCAACAAGAUCAUCUACUGGAUAAUCCAAUGGAUCAUCCACUGGAUCAGAGCUGCCUUCUCCACACUUGAAAUCUAAUCACAAGAUAGACCCUCUAGUCCCAGCAUUCACUGAAUGCUCCACUGGCUCAAACGCUGGAUCCCCGACUGGAUCACUGACUGACUGGAUCACUUCUUUGAAUGGAACACCCCCCUGAGAUCCUAGUGGAGCCACUGCUAGAUCCCUAUCUGGUGUUAUCCACACUUGAUGUUUAAUUCAAAAUAAGCUGAAUCCCUCCUCGUAUUCUCCACUGGAUCAUCAACUGGAUUACUGCCACCUGCCCCAGCAUCCACUGGAUCACUACUGCCUCUUCUAAUUGAAGAAAAAAAAAUCCACACUCUUCAGCACCAAUUGGAUCCUCGACUGAAUCGGCACCGCCUCUUCUUCUCCACAGUCAACAUCUAAUUACAAUAGAAAGACUCUUGCCUCAGCACCCACUGGAUCCCCCAGUGGAUCACCGCCACCUCCUCUUCUCCACACUCUGAAUGACAAGCACAAUCACGCCGCCUCAUCUUUGACCACUAUCUGGAGCAACCAGCGCAUCUUCUGGACUCAUCUCUGGGAACGCGAUCUGCUCCCCGGACUCUGUAGCAGCCCACAUUGAAACUGCUCAUUUGGAUUAAGUGUGGCAAAAAUGCUGCUCGGUGAGGCCUGAGUACCAUGAUGAGCGGCCAGGACGCAUGGGUCACGCUGACCCCCGCAGAAUUUGCCCUCUUGCAAGAAUACACCCAGUACUCGACCAAGAAGCUGAAAGACGUGCUGCAGGAGUUCCACGGCGAUGGCGUGCUGGCCAGAUACAAUCCAGAGGAGAAACAGGAAAUCCUGAGCCAAGAUAUUGACUUUGAGGGCUUCAAGGUGUUCAUGCAGACCUUCCUGGAGAGUGAGCUGCCGCAAGAGUUCUGCCAGCAUCUCUUUAUGUCCUUCAGCAACAAGGACCAUGCCAGCUCGUCUUCGUCCUCCGACAAGCCCAAAGUCUCGGGACUCAAGCUGAUCAAAAGCAACUCAACCCCACUGAGGACAAACGCUCUACCCGGGCCGCCGAGCACGGUGCAGCUGAAAGAUAUCGUGUGCUACCUGUCGCUGCUGGAAGGAGGACGGCCCGAGGACAAGCUGGAGUUUAUGUUUCGCCUCUAUGACACAGACGGAAACGGCUCUUUGGACAACUCGGAACUGGAGCACAUCAUUUUGCAGAUGAUGCACGUGGCCGAGUACCUGGAAUGGGACGUGACGGAGCUCAAACCCAUCCUCCAGGAAAUGAUGCAGGAGAUCGACUAUGACCGCGACGGGACCGUGUCUCUGGAAGAGUGGAUCCAAGGAGGGAUGACCACCAUCCCACUUCUGGUCCUAUUGGGUCUGGAGACCAAUGUGAAAGAUGACGGUCAGCAUGUGUGGCGUCUGAAGCACUUCAACAAGCCGGCCUACUGCAACCUUUGUCUCAACAUGCUUAUCGGCCUCGGCAAGCAAGGACUCUGUUGCUCAUUCUGCAAGUACACGGUCCAUGAGCGCUGCGUGUCGCGCGCGCCGCCCUCCUGCAUCAAAACCUACGUCAAGUCCAAGAAAAACACCGAGGUUAUGCAUCACUUCUGGGUGGAAGGGAACUGCCCCACCAAGUGUGACAAGUGUCACAAAACCAUUAAGUGUUACCAGGGCUUAACUGGGCUUCAUUGCGUGUGGUGUCAAAUCACGGUGAGGGCGCACCGUCAAGAGGCCAGCCACCUUCUGCUCCACAACAAGUGUGCCUCCCACGUGAAGCCCGAGUGUGACUGUGGACCUCUCAGGGAUCACAUCCUGCCACCCAACUCCAUCUGCCCCGUCGUCCUGGAAAGGCAGUCGACACUGAGGAAGGACUCGCGGUGCAGCCUGUCGAGCCGCGGAAAGGUGCAGCGAGCUAACUCGGUUACGGUGGACGGUCAAGGCCUGCAGAUCACGACCAUAGAGGGCACUCAUCCGCUGCUGGUGUUUGUCAAUCCGAAGAGCGGUGGCAAACAGGGAGAGAGGAUCUACAGGAAGUUCCAGUACCUCCUAAACCCGAGACAGGUGUACAACCUGGCUAAGAAUGGACCCAUGCCAGGGUUGAAUUUCUUCCGAGAUGUUCCCGAUUUCCGGGUGCUGGCCUGCGGAGGGGAUGGGACAGUGGGCUGGAUCCUUGACUUUAUUGACAAGGCCAACUUGGACCGGAACCCACCAGUAUGUGUACUUCCGCUCGGCACAGGAAAUGAUCUGGCCAGAUGUCUGCGCUGGGGAGGAGGCUACGAGGGUGAGAGCCUGCUCAAGAUCCUGCGUGACAUUGAGAACAGUAGCGAGGUAAUGCUGGACCGCUGGAAGAUCGACGUCACGGCCACCGACAAGGACGAGCGGGGCGACCCGGUGCCGUACAGCAUCAUCAACAACUACUUCUCCAUUGGCGUGGACGCCUCCAUCGCACAUCGUUUCCACGUGAUGAGGGAGAAGCACCCGGAGAAAUUUAACAGCAGAACAAAGAACAAACUGUGGUACUUUGAGUUCGGCACUUCGGAGACGUUCUCGGCUACGUGCAAGAAGUUACACGACUUCCUGGAGGUUGAGUGUGAUGGCGUGACCCUGGACCUGAGCUCCGUCUCCCUGGAGGGCAUCGCCAUCCUCAACAUUCCCAGCAUGCACGGCGGCUCCAACUUGUGGGGCGAAAGCAAGAAGAGGAGGGGUCACCGCAAGGCGGCCAAGAAGGGCCCGGACAGGAGGACGCCUUUGACCGAUCCCAAGGAGCUCGCGUUUGCAGUUCAAGACCUGUCCGAUCAGUUGUUGGAGGUGGUCGGGCUGGAGGGAGCCAUGGAGAUGGGACAGAUCUACACCGGUCUGAAGAGCGCCGGAAGACGCCUGGCACAGUGCUCCUCCGUCACCAUCAGGACCAGUAAAUCCCUUCCCAUGCAGAUUGAUGGUGAACCUUGGAUGCAGACUCCAUGCACUAUCGAGAUCAUCCACAAGAACCAAGCUCCCAUGCUGAUGGGUCCUCAGCAGAGCCGAAGCUUUUUCUCCACACUGGUGAGGAGAAGGCGGGCCGAGAGCAAAGACUGAUCCUUGAAACCGUUUCGCAGGUCCUCGGAAGUCCUCGUCAGAAGUGAAAAAAUAAAUAAAAUUAGCGCGCGGGCCGAUCCCCGACUCUCUCGGACCCGUUCGGUGAUGCGUGGGGCUCGCGUGGUUGCCUGCUUGAUAGCCCAGUGUGCCGUAGCAAAGUGUCGGUUUUACCACGUGGGUCUCGGAGCGCUCUUUAGAGCCACACUUUUUUUUUUUUUUUUAAUUAUCAUUGUUGGGCUACGGCGAAAGAAUUUGUUUUGUCAUGAGGCCACCUUGGCUUGUCAGCCCUUGCAACUUCCCCGUUUUUCAAGUUAUGAGGUGUCACUUGGUCGAUAUUUUUAUGCUUUGCGCUGUGCAGCACAAAUUGACUUGCUCGCUAUGUUGCCGCCUGAAUGAAGACUGUUCUUUCCAAAUCCGUGUUCUGUGAUGAUGUAAGCACCAAAACCUAUUGGGGAAAAAAAAAGAAGAAUGGAUGAAACUUCCAAGUCAAGGUAACACUGUAUUAAUUUAUGCAUUGUCAUUAUUUUGUAUAUUAUUUAUUUUUGUGUGCUUCUGAUGUGAUUAUUCUUGGCAUUUGGCUCACUCCUGCCAGUCGUCAUUGAUUGUUCAGAAGAAGAAAAAAAAAAGACAUGCAUGCCGCUUCUUUUGCAGGAACGGACGACUGAGUUUUAACCAGGUACCGCUACUCGGGUUUUAUUUGAGUGGAUAAAGCAGCCCAAAUGACUUUCCUGUGCAGACGUUCCAUUAAGAAGGUAACAUGCCUUCAUUGAUUUAUGUUCUGUGAUUUUUGUUCAGUUCAUUCAUGCAAACGCACACACACACACACUCACACACACAUACAAUGACGAUCAAAUAGGGUUUGUACGUACCAGUCAACGCCAAAUAAGACAUUUGGGUGAGUGCCUUGGCUUUAGGGUGAUAAUUCAUUUCACUUUGUGUCCAGUCAGGGAACCAAUUGCAAAAGUAUUUUCUAUAACUGCGAUAUUUAAAAUGAAACAAAAAAAACUGCUUGUGCUAAAUAUGCCAAUAAAUGAAAGAUUGUCAAACUAAAUAUUGUAUACAAUAAAAUAAGAAACAGAAACCAAAAUACAGUACAGCAAAAUCUCUUUUUUUUUUUAAAUAAAUAUUACAUAACAUCGUAAAUGCCACCUCAAUAUGUUCUGUUUUUGGGGAAAUGAGUAAAACAAUGUUUCCCUCAAAAAGUAUUGAUUAAUUUGUAGCGGCUAUGUAUUUUAUAUACAUCUUUUUAGGAAAGUGCCCCUUAAAUAAUUUGUCUUCCUCGGAUAUAAACGAUUGUAUACAAUUA